AGUCGUUACAUUACCAACAUUGUAAUUUCAAAAUAAUUUAACUAAAUAACUGUGAAACAAAAAAUCGUCACAUAAAUUCACUCUCUACAGUUGCGCGUGGGGCAGAUGAAUCUCGAAACAAAAAGCGACACCUAGAUCGGCUACCAGUUGUUAUGAUACGAAAGGUACACCGUAUUUCUGCAGCUGAAUCAUCGGGCAGACGCUUGACAGAAAUCAAUAAACAUUAACUUGAUGAUUAAGAAAAAGGACAUGUCUUCCGAACCUUGGCACCAGUUUUGUGGACAUGGAGAGAAUUUUUCCACCUGGAAGAAUGGAGACUUCAGCCAUUGUUUCGAGCAAAUUGUUGUUGUGUGUCCUAGUUACAUAAUUUUGGCCAUUACAAGUUCAUUUUAUAUUGCUUCAAGCCAGAGUUCUUUCCGUGGGGUAUACAAGUACUUGCCAUUACCAUGGUAUGUCAUAUUAAGACUUGUGGUGACGAUUCUGCUUACCUUUACAGCCGUUUUCAUACCGAUUGAUACAAAAUAUCUGAACAAAUUUGAAGUGAGCUAUUCUGAUAUAGUUACAACGUGUACAGUGUCAUUUUCAUGGCUAUUGCAUUGUUUUUAUGUUUAUCGGUUAAAGUAUCUUGAUUGGGCGAGCUGGCGUGGAGCUAAACCAAUGAUUGUUAUGAUGAUACUACCAUGUGUCUCUACAGCAGCACAGCUGCAUACAAAUAUUCUUCAAAGAUUAAAUAAAUCCCCAUCGCAAAAUUCAGUGGAAGAAUAUAGUGUUUAUGUGUCCACAUUUCUUCUGUUGUGCUACUUUUUGACAUUAGUGCCAGGAUCAGUACGGGUGAUCGUAGAAGAAAAUGAUGUGUAUUAUCGGGCUAUUAAUGAAAGUUUUGAAGCUAGAAGCCCCUUAUUAAGUCAACCUGGCACUAAUUAUAGGAGCAUUUCACAAACAAGAGAAGCAACUAAAGUAGCUGAAGAAAAUGUGAAUUGUCUUUCUUGGCUAACGUUCCACUGGGUGCAACAUAUUCUGGCUAAAGGCGCCAGAAGGUCGCUACAAGGUGCGAGUGAUGUCUUUAUGUUGCCGGUGAGGCUAAGUACUGGACUGUUGUUCAUGAAAUUCACAACCAUACUAACCGGAAAGUGUGACAGAAAACUAAGUAAUAAAUUAAAUCGCUCUCUAAGCUCCAACAUAUCUUUGAGUUCAAACAGUGUAAGCACGGUACCAGAUGUAGCAUUUUCAAGACAACAUGCACCAAGAACUGUGCCUUUAGAACACGGAGAAAGUAAAAUAGAACACGGAGAAAGUAAAAUAACACUUUUCAAAGCUCUUAAUAAAGCAUUUGGGUGGGAAUAUUACCUUCUUGGAAUUCUUAAACUUCUGGCAGAUAUAUUUGGUUUUGCUGGACCAAUCUUACUUAACCUGCUUGUUACAUACAUGGAAUCAAAUACCGAGCCUGAAUCCCAUGGCUACUGGUAUGCUGUGGGGCUGUUUGUGGCCACUUUUCUGGGAUCAGUCUGUUCUACUCAGUUUGACUACAACUGCAGUGUCAUAGGCUUGAAAAUCAGAGCUGCAAUUAUAACCACCAUCUACCAAAAGUCUCUCUCUGUAAGCAAUGUGAGGGCAGGUAAAUUCACGAGCGGACAAAUCACCAACUUCAUGAGCACAGAUACGGACCGGAUUGUGAACUUUUGUCCCAGUUUUCACGCAUUUUGGAGCCUUCCCUUUCAGAUAGCAGUGUCUCUCUAUCUCCUUUAUCAACAGGUGGGUGUGUCAUUCCUUGCUGGUCUGGCCUUUGCAAUCCUCCUGAUUCCUAUCAACCGCUGGCUCGCCAUCAAGAUUGGUCAGUUGAGUAAGGCCAUGAUGGAGCAGAAAGAUAACAGAGUCAAGGUAAUGAAUGAAAUUCUAUUUGGUAUUCGAGUGGUGAAGUUCUACGCGUGGGAGGAUCACUUUGAGUCCAAGAUCAGACAUCUCAGAGACGCCGAGUUGAAGAGUUUGACUGGCAGGAAGUACCUGGAUGCCAUGUGUGUGUACUUCUGGGCCACAACACCGGUUCUCAUCUCCAUUCUCACAUUUACGACGUAUUCUCUGCUGGGGAACCAGCUAACAGCUGCCAAGGUGUUCACGAGCCUGUCGUUGUUCUUGAUGCUGAUCAGCCCACUAAAUGCCUUCCCAUGGGUCCUCAAUGGACUAAUGGAGGCCUGGGUGUCCGUGCAGAGGGUCCAGCAGUUUGUGGCCUUGCCUGACCUUGACCUUGAACUCUACUACUCAUCAAGUGAAGUGUUACCAGAAGACUGUGUCCUGCAAAUACAGGAUGCCGAGUUCACCUGGCAGGUGGCGGCUGAAUCUGGCCAUAGGGGCCCCUCAAGCUCUGCUGGAGUUCAUAAACAGAACAGUGAAGUACAUGUGAAUAACAUGGAAAUAGAAAUAUCUCAAGAAGAGUUAGGGGAGACAACUCUUAGUUUGGUGGAUCUCAACUUUCAUGUACUUAAGGGCCAGUUUGUGGGAGUGAUAGGUAAAGUUGGCGCAGGGAAGAGCUCUUUACUCAGUUGCCUAUUGGCUGAGAUGCACAGGGUGAGGGGUCACAUCCGAGUGAAUGGCCUUGACCUUGGAUUCGCCAUAGCAACCCAGGAGCCAUGGAUACAGCAUGCCACUGUGAGGGAUAACAUCCUGUUUGGGCGCCCAUUCAACAGAAUGAAGUAUGAACAGGUGAUUGAUGCCUGUGCAUUGACUGAGGAUCUUCAGAUAUUACCAGCUGGGGACAUGACUGAGGUGGGAGAGAAUGGAGUGACCUUGAGUGGAGGUCAGAAGUCGCGGGUGGCACUGGCAAGGGCUGUGUACCAGGACAAGGACGUGAUACUGCUGGACGACCCUCUGGCAGCGGUUGAUGCUCACGUGGCACAGCAUCUGUACCAGCGGUGCAUCAUGGGGUUGCUGGGUGGCAGGACACGCAUUCUGUGCACGCACCACACCAAGUUCCUCAGCAACGCUGACAUGAUCAUAGUACUCGACAAUGGGCGCAUUGUAAAAACAGGUUUACCCUCAGAGAUCCUGGCAUCCAUUGACCUCAGCGUUGACACAAAGCGCCCGCAUAGCUCCAAGGUCGCCACUGAGUCACGUGACCUCCAAGUCCCUGCCUUGACAGAGGUAGGCGGGGCCUUGGUGGGAGAGGAAACCAAGGAGACAGGCAGUGUGAGGUUUGGUGUCUACACGACUUACUGGAGAGCUGUGGGCAUCUGCCUGGCCCCAGCUGUGCUGCUGUCCCUGUUCCUUAUGCAAGCCUCAAGGAAUGUCAACGAUUGGUGGCUGUCAUAUUGGGUGUCCCACUCUGUACUGCCUGGUCAGAAUGUCUCGCACUCAGAAGCACACAGGAUCUCAAGUAACAGCAGCAACAUGAGUAGUCUGGUUACCGCGGGUGAUAAUGUGAUGUUCUACCUGACCAUAUAUGGAUGCCUGGCGGGGGCCAACUCUAUGUUCACGCUCCUACGAGCAUUCCUAUUUGCCUACGGAGGAGUUUGUGCCGCAAGAACCAUACACACUCGACUGCUCAGCAACAUAUUGAAGGCACCGAUCACUUUUUUUGACACAACACCUAUUGGUCGUAUUGUGAACCGGUUUUCCUCGGAUAUAUUCUCCAUAGACGACUCCCUGCCUUUCAUUAUGAACAUAUUCCUGGCCCAGAUCUACGGUAUACUGGGAACCAUAAUCAUCACAUGUUACGGGUUGCCGUGGUUUGCAGUUUUACUUUUACCACUUGCUGUGCUCUAUUACAAAAUCCAGAAAUACUACCGUGAAAGUUCACGUGAGUUGAAGAGAAUCUCCAGUGUGACACUGUCUCCAAUCUAUGCCCACUUCUCAGAGUCUAUAACUGGCAUGACCACAAUAAGGGCCAUGAGGGAACAAGAGAGGUUUCAGUUGGAGAACCUCAGUCACCUGGAGACCAAUCAGCGUGCCCAGUUCACCUCACAGGCUGUUGCUAGCUGGCUGGCGUUCCGUCUGCAGAUGCUUGGGGUAGCCAUGGUGACAGGGAUUGCGUUCAUUGCCGUGCUGGAACACCACUUCCACACAGUCAAUCCUGGUCUUGUAGGGUUGGCGAUUUCGUACGCCCUCUCGGUGACCAACCUCCUGGGUGGGGUCGUGAACUCGUUUGCUGAGACUGAGAAACAGAUGGUGAGCGUGGAGCGUGCUCAGCAGUACAUUGAGGACGUACCCAACGAGAGAAUGGAGGGAUCUCUACUGCCACCUCCCUACUGGCCCAUUCAAGGUUCCGUCGUUUUUAGAGGUGUACGUAUGAAGUACCGUCACAAUCUAGCAGAUGCUCUUAACAAGGUCUCGUUCGAGGUUGAACCCGCAGAGAAAGUGGGAAUUGUGGGAAGAACUGGGUCGGGCAAGUCGAGCAUUUUCCUGGCGCUUUUUCGGAUGGUUGAAAUUUACAAGGGAAACAUCUUUGUGGAUGGAAUUGAUCUAAUUCAUUUAGAUUUGAAGGAUAUCAGAUCUAGGUUUGCAAUUAUACCCCAGGACCCAUUCCUGUUCAGUGGCUCGGUGCGAGAAAACUUGGACCCAACUUGUGUUCACUCAGACAGUGAACUAUGGAGUGUCCUUGACAAAUGUCACCUUCGCAGAGUUGUGGAGAAGCUUGGAGGACUAGGGGCAGAUGCUGGGGAACGAGGAAAACACUUUUCAGUCGGUCAGAGACAACUUGUCUGCCUGGCACGUGCUUUAUUGACCAAGGCUAAGAUUUUGUGUAUAGACGAGGCUACAGCCAGCGUUGACAUGGAUACGGACAUGCUCAUUCAGCAGACAAUACGCAGCGAGUUUCAGAUGAGCACCGUGCUAACUAUAGCGCACCGUAUCAACACCAUCAUGGACAGUGACCGAGUCCUCAUCAUGGCCGACGGACACGUGGCAGAGUUUGCAGCCCCUGGGCGCUUGCUCAUGAAUCAGGAGACACUGUUUUAUAAACUAGUCAAUGGUCAAUAAAAUCUAGACAAUGAAAAAAUAUACUGGUAGUUCUAAGGAUUCAAGCUGCUUCGUACGAUGGGAAUUUCAUCUUUUUGCGUGUGGAUAGUUUACAUGGAGACCUAGCUUUGGAUUGCUUAUUGAGUUGAUCAGGUCAAUGACAAGGUCACAAAUAGAACAACGGUUUAAGCUCAGUAAUGUUUGUUAAAAAGGAUUCGUAAAUAUGUUUAGGCAGCCGAACGGCAGACAUGGCAUAGGAUUGCAUUUGGAGCCAGGCAGGUUGAGGUCAAGGUCAACGUUAAUUCAAAUAGAAACACAGUUGACUUUGAAUGAUUAGUAUUUGGUGGAGGUAUUGUUUUGACUUUUUAUGCCCCCGGUAGGGUAGCAUAAAGCAGUUGAACUGUCUGUCAGUCCGUCAGUCUGUGCGUCCGUCCAAAAACUUUAACAUUGGCCAUAAUUUUUGCAAUAUUGAAGAUAGCAACUUGAUAUUUGGCAUGCAUGUGUAUCUCAUGAAGCUGCACAUUUUGAGUGGUGAAUGGUCAAGGUCAUCCUUCAAGGUCAAAAGUAAAAAAAUACAAUCCAACGGAUGUAAUAAGCUUUAAAAGGGAGAUAAUUUCUAAACCUGCCAAAUGAUAUAUUGAAAUUUUAUUUCAAAGCGGCGCAAUAGGGGGCAUUGUGUUUCUGACAAACACAUCUCUUGUUGUGUGUAGGUUUCUGUCAUGUAGAGUUAAAGAUUGGAUGUCGGGCCAUUGGUAUAAAAGUCUAGGUCACUGUUGCUAAAAUAGAAAAACAGUUUUUGCUUAAUUACUUGAGAUUUGAUGGAAGUCUUGUACUUAAAUUAUGUGUUUAGGUAGGUUACCUGCCGGACCGUAUAAUUUCAAUUGUCCCCUACCGGUGAAACCGGAGGGAACUUAUGGUUUGCGCUCUGUCUGUCUGUCCGUCACACUUUUCUGGAUCCUGCGAUAACUUUUAAAGUUCUUUAUAUUUUUUCAUGAAACUUGAAACAUGGAUAGAUGGCAAUAUGGAGAUUAUGCACGUCGUUUCAUUUUGUUUCUACGUCAAGAAUUCUGGUUGCUAUGGCAACAAAUAUAU